AUGGAAGGAGUUAUCUCAACUUACAAAACAAGAAUAAACCUUCUUUCUGCGGGGCUCAGGGUUAGUAGCUCUCAAGUGGGGCGGGACCCGGGCCAGCCGGAGGCUGGGCACACCCGACCCACAGGCGAGGAAGGCCCUAGAGAACGUUACCUUUUCCAGGUGCAGGCGCGACAGCAGCACCGGGUUGCAGCUCUGCGGGCUCUGGUUGUAGGAAGGGUGGUACUUCUCAGGCUGUCUUCAUUCGGGGAGCCGCCGCAGGCCGCCACGGUCGCGGUAGGCACAGGCCCUGGCCAGCACUUCCCUGGGCAGGUGGCAGGAUGUCCGCCCGCACAUCGUCGUCGCGCUUGCCCUGCAAUCAGCAAACACCGGGAAGAGAGCGCUCGCGGGCCUCCGAACAGCCACCCGCGCUGGGAUCCGAUCCGAAACCCUUCCGCAGUUCCUUGGAAACUUCCCGGAGCUCCCGCCUUCGCCCCCAAUCUGACGGCGCGCAGGGGGUCGCGGCAAAAGCCGACUCCCGAGAACACCGAAGACCCCAAGGCCUACAGCCCAAGGGUCUUUCCCGCGCUUCGCGGAACCCGGUCCCACGCUCGACGGCGCGCCUCGUCUCACCGUCAGUCAGCUUUGCAGCCAGCCAGUCGUCGCCUCCUUUCUAGCCGCCGCGCGCGCGCUCAGCCCCGCCCACCGCGCUCCGCCAACCGGAGCCGCCCUCCGGAUAGGCCCCGCCCCCGCGCUGCGGCCUCGGGUGUCAGACCGCCUUCCGGAAAGACCGAGAAAGUGCCUACGGGACCUCGCGGUCCCCGGCUUCUCCGGCUGGCUAGGUUAACCCUCGACCUCCCGACCUCGCCUAUGGCGCUCAUGGGCGCCCCAGUGUCUAGAUUCCAGUCCAGAAAGAACAUAAAAAAGCAGCAGUGUGAAGCUGUUGUGGGGGCCCAGUGUGGCAAUGCAGUGUUGCGAGGAGCCCACGUGUAUGUUCCAGGAAUUGUGUCAGCUUCGAGCUUUAUGAAAGCUGGAGAUGUUAUUUCUGUGUACUCCGAUAUUAAAGGGAAAUGUAAGAAAGGAGCCAGAGAGUUUGAUGGAACAAAAGUGUUUCUUGGAAAUGGAAUUUCUGCACGAAGCCACAAAGAAAUCUUCAGUGGCCUAUGCGAACUGAAAGGUAUAGGUAUAAGAAUGACAGAACCAAUAUAUCUGAGCCCAUCAUUUGACAAUGUACUGCCCGGUUACUUAUUUUUACAGAAUUUACCAUCUGCUGUAGUAACUCACGUUCUACAUCCUCAGCCCGGAGAGAGGGUUCUAGAUUUGUGUGCAGCACCUGGAGGUAAAGCAACACAUAUUGCAGCACUGAUGCACGAUCAGCUUUCCUUUGAGGCUGUGGCUGCUGGUGCUGCCUGGAUACAGACCUGGAGGCCACCAGCCUCAGGGACAAGAAGGAAGCUGGCAACCCACCCAGGAGGACUUGGUGGCCCCGAGGGUGAAACCUUGGCUCUCCUUCUACCACAAGCCAAGGAGGAUGACAGCCCAUCCUUCUAGCUCUCCACAUGUGCCCCCGGCUGCCCUUGGAGCCUGACCUUGAACUUGCCCAUGGGCAUAGGAAAAUAUCAGCCAUGAAAUAUGGGGCCCUAGAGAGGUUGUGUCAACCCCAAGGCAGAGCUCUUUUCGUGGAAAGUGCAAGAUGUGGUGAUCUGAGGGAUUUUUUUAAAGGGAGUAAAACAGAAUAGUAAAGUGAAACAAAACAAAAGAGUGACAGGACAGAGCCUGCCUGACAAGCACAAGUCCUGAGUUCAAUUCUCAGUACCAAAGACAAAUCAAAGCAAAGCAAAAACAAAACAAAACAAAAAAGAGCGAUAGGACACUGGGCAAUUCAUACUUGGUACUAUACUGCAUAAUCUUAUUCUCUAACUAUUUGCUCAGGCCAUCGGUCCCAGGAUUUCAAAGCUCAUCAAAUAAUUUAAAUAGGAGGUUGCUUCCUUCCUUCAGUUAUUGUCUCAGCCUGUGUGGCAUCCAGUCACCUGGCGGGGAGGGGGUAGGCAGCAGGUAGAGGUGGCUUCCUUGCUGCUUCUCCCUGGCCAGCAGGGCCUCCGCCAGCACAUGGGGCAGGGAGGCUGUCUGAGGGAGUUUAAGGAUAAUAGCAUUCUUCAGAGCGAGGCCAGGUGUUCAGCAUGUGGAUGUGCCAGGUGACACAGCGGGGUCCUUCAGCACAAGUGUAGCUUGAUUCCUAUCCAAGCCUGAACGGGUCAGGGCUCUUGGAGCCUCUGCUCUGCCACAUGGGCUCCCUGCCCAGUCCCUUCUCCCACACACCAGUAGGAUUCCAUCAAAUCUGCUGCUUUUCUGCAGCGAUUUCUGCAAGAGAAAUGUCAGUUUGGCUCUGAAGGCUCAGUUCACUUAGAGACAUGAAGAGACACCCCAUGAUCAAGUUUCCUGUAUAGCUAGCUGUCAAACAUCUAGACCAGUGAGUCAUUUCUACCUUCAGGAAGACAAAUCAAAUUAGAAAAUAGCAUUUCAGACUUGAAAUGUUAGGGAAUCCCUCCCAGGGACACCCUCAGGGAUCUACUUCUUCCUACCAGAUCCUACCUGUAAUAGCGCAUUCAACAUAUGAACUCAUCAAUGGACUGAUCCACUUGAUGGAGUUAGAACUCUCAUGAUCCAAUCAAUCCCCCAAGGAAGGUCCACUGGCAACCACAUCUUUAAUCCAAUGAGCCCUUUGGGAGGUUCCUGAAUCCCAGUUAUAAGACCUCUCACCACUAACUGCACACCUUUGUCAGUGAGUUUUAAAUGUGCAAAGGGAUGCUGAAUGGGGCCAUCCUGGAAACCCUAAUUAAACAUUGUAUAAAAACAUAAAGCUGAGAUCUGGCCAGGGCCCUGGUGGAAACCAGCUGGCCGCACAAAGCAGCAAUUCACCCAUUCUCUUGGUAAGCACCUUCAGGUGUGAGGCAGCAGUGUCUCCUGUGAGUUUAGUGGUGAGCGGCCUGGAAAUCGAACAUCCCAACCCUGCACCCCCAACGUUAGCAACUGGGGACAGAGGUCUGAGCAUCUCUUGGGAGGAUGACUAUAUGCAAUGUAGCAAAUAUGAGGGAUCUCCUUCUUGUGGUGGUUAAAAAAGCGAUGGGCUCCAAAAGUUUAAAAGGAAGCACUUUAUUUGCUGAGCUCAGCAGUGACACCUUCCAAAGGGCAACCUGGGGAACUGCACCCUGAGCGAGGGGUUGCAGGGAGCUGUAAAACUGCAAGCCACAGGGGAGGGGUCGGGGUCUGAGGAUCAGGUUGGCUCCCUAAAAGGUAACUUGUUGAAUUUUUCUCGGAAUACAUAGGUCUCUCAGACAUGGGGGAGUGGGACCAGCAGUUACAGGAACCAAGGAAAUAGGGAGGGGUCACACAGAGGGUGUGUUACAGAACGGAAACUGCUUAUAAGGCCACACUGAGUAACCAUCACAGCACCUUUUGAAGUUACGGUUAUAAAGGUGCAACUUAACUGACAAUUACACAAGUUUGACAAGAAGAGAAUAAGUUAUAAUAAGUAUAGCACAUUUUGGGUUUUUGAGCAUGUGAUACUUCUAUCUUCUGUUUGAAAGCAAAUGUUUUCACUGUUUUGUUUCAUUAUGAUUGUUUUACUCUUCAAUAGUCUCUUUUGAUUGGUUUCAUAAUGUUCUUUCCUUGGUUUGAUUUUGCUAUAGCUAAUUGGCUAGACAACUAUUGUGAAGAUAACGAGAUAUACUAUGGUGCCUAUUACUGUUAUGCUGGUAAUCUGCUCUGAAGUUCUGUACCAAUUUUACCACAUUGUCUCAAUUGGCUUUGUUCUGUCUUGUUCUGUUGUAUUUCCACUACCUUCAAAAUAAAUAAAUAAAUAAAGCCUUUAUACUAUACUUCCUUCUACCA